CUGAGAGAGUUUCCUUUUCUCCCUUUCUUUUGAUUUUUCCCCUUUUUUCUCAGUUUAGCAGUAAAACGCAGUAAUCUUUCUUCCAUAGGUUGAAAUAGAAGCUCCUUCAUCUCUCUGGAAUAGAAGCUCCUUCAUCUCUCUGGAAUAGGGAAAGGUUAAGGUGGGGCCAUGGCAAGAGAGCAACUGCAGGUGCUGAAUGCACUCGAUGUUGCCCGGACACAAUGGUACCACUUCACGGCAAUCGUGAUCGCCGGCAUGGGCUUCUUCACCGAUGCCUAUGAUCUCUUCUGCGUUUCCCUCGUCACCAAGCUCCUGGGUCGCAUCUACUACACGGAACAAGGUUCAAGCAAGCCCGGCAGCCUUCCACCGAAUGUCGCCGCCGCUGUCAAUGGCGUCGCUUUCUGUGGGACCCUCGCCGGCCAGCUCUUCUUUGGCUGGCUCGGUGACAAAAUGGGCCGAAAGCGCGUCUAUGGCAUGACUCUCAUGCUCAUGGUCAUCUGCUCUGUGGCAUCUGGCCUCUCAUUCAGCAGUAACCCCAAUGCUGUCAUGGCAACUCUCUGCUUCUUCCGCUUCUGGCUCGGCUUCGGCAUUGGUGGUGACUACCCACUUUCCGCCACCAUCAUGUCUGAGUAUGCCAACAAGAAAACACGCGGCGCGUUCAUCGCCGCCGUCUUCGCAAUGCAGGGAUUUGGAAUUCUGGCAGGUGGGAUGGUCGCCAUCAUUGUAUCAGCAGCUUUCAAGGCGAAAUUCGAUUCACCCGCUUAUAAUGUUGCUUUCGGGGCCUCAACUGUCCCUGAGGCAGACUACGUCUGGCGGAUAAUUGUCAUGUUCGGAGCAGUGCCAGCGGCAUUGACAUACUACUGGCGGAUGAAGAUGCCCGAAACAGCCCGUUACACAGCCCUGGUAGCGAAGAAUGCCAAACAGGCUGCUAAUGACAUGUCCAAGGUCCUGCAGGUGGAGAUAGUGGCAGAGCAGGAGAAGGUCGAGCAGAGCUCCAACACCUUUGGGCUCUUCUCCAAGGAAUUCCUUCACCGACACGGGCUCCACCUGUUGGGCACCACCACCACAUGGUUCCUUCUUGACAUUGCCUUCUACAGCCAGAAUCUCUUCCAGAAGGAUAUCUUCUCUGCGAUUGGGUGGAUCCCGCCGGCCGCGACCAUGAAUGCACUCGAUGAGGUCUACAAGAUCGCAAGGGCCCAGACACUCAUUGCCCUCUGCAGCACAGUGCCUGGCUACUGGUUUACAGUUGCACUUAUCGAUUACAUCGGACGGUUCACGAUCCAAUUGAUGGGGUUCUUCUUCAUGACUGUGUUCAUGUUCGCAUUGGCAAUCCCAUACGACCACUGGACUAAAAAAGAUAACCGAAUUGGAUUCGUGAUUAUGUAUGCACUGACCUUCUUCUUUGCGAAUUUCGGCCCCAACAGUACGACCUUCAUCGUGCCAGCAGAGAUCUUCCCAGCCCGCCUACGGUCGACGUGCCAUGGGAUAUCAGCAGCUGCGGGUAAGGCGGGAGCGAUUGUGGGGGCAUUUGGGUUCUUAUAUGCAGCCCAGAGCAAGGAUAGGACGAAGACAGACCAUGGGUACCCACCGGGCAUUGGGGUGAAGAACGCGUUGAUCGUGCUCGGAGUGAGCAACUUGUUGGGGAUGCUGUUUACGUUCUUGGUGCCGGAGUCAAAGGGGAGGUCACUGGAGGAGAUGUCAGGUGAGAAUGAGGAGGAAGAACAGGUGACGACGGAAGGCGGGGGCUAUAGUCGGACAGUUCCUGUUUAAGCUCUAUGUUUUAGUUUUUCAGCUUUUCUUCUUCUUUCUGUUGGUUUCUAUGUUUCUGAUUCUGUUCUUCAAUGUGUUUGUUGCUGUGGGGAGCGCUGGUGUUAAUGUUAGCUAAACAAGUAAAUACUUUUCAAUCAAAUAGAAGGAAUUUCAUGUCUUC